GGAGAGUGUGUGUUGAGUGUUGAGCUCAACGAUGAUGAUGCGUGUUGGGCUGUGAGAGAAGAUGAAGAAGUGGAGUUUUAUCUUCUAUUCUUAGGAUCCACUCAAAACCAUCUGACCAGCACACUGCGAGUCAGCCACGUCACACUGCAGGCUGUGUGUCCAGCCCAUAAUGUGUGUGAGCAGGUCUUGGUGAAAUUGUGUUUUGCUAGGCCUGGUGGACCAGUGGACACACACUCACAGGAGACCUUCUGCUUUGUACAGGACUUGGCUCUCGACAUGGCCCACUUCCUGCUUGACAGUACAGCUCCACAGGAAGCUUUACUAUUGGAUGAUGAGCAAAGUCCAUUGAAAGAGUGUGAGAAGUUGGAUCAGAACCUUGCCUUGGCCCUGAAGCAUCUCGCCCUGCCCCAGAGGACUGACACAUACAAACACACACAAUGCAGAGACACACAAGGAAACAAGGAAUGAGGUCCCCACACUGCUGGACAGCUGCAGUGCUGUGUCUCAAAGCCAGCAGCUCUCCAGCCUUCUGUACUUGGCAGCCACUCAUGGUCUGAGGACAGUGGCAUCGUUCCUCCUGCAGCAGCCAGGAGGCAGGGAAGUGCUAAGGAGGCCCAGUGCUCAGGGACUUACUCCAGCAUGUCUGGCAGAGAGCAGAGGACAUCAGCAACUGGUGGACCUCUUCACACAAUGUGACACAUCUCCAAAUCUCCAAGUGGAACCAAAGCAGCAGCUGCACUUUUACCCAGAAGGCCGAGUGUUUCAGCACCAUGCAAGUCUUGGUACCUACACCCUAACUUUCCCUGGCCUCCAUGAGAGGGAGGUGGGGGCGGAGACACAGAGCAGUGAAGGCUGCUGCUUACAGGAGGAGGUGACAGAGCUGAGGAGACUUAUUCAUCUACACAGAAACACAAAGGGAAACUCAGAUUUACUUAGUACCAUUGCACCGACACAUGCCUCCACAUCCCUGUUCAUUGAUCAUGAACUGGCAAACCCUGCCUGUGGACUGCAGCCCUGCUCUAACAGCCAACCAGAGAGGAAGCAUGAUGCAGUCCUAGCUAUGGUAACCACUGAGAACUCUAGCACAACAGCAAAGGAACAGGGAAGUCCUCCGUUAUUGGAGGAGAGAACACAAGGGGAGGACUCUACUGUUGUCACUCAUACAUCUUGUAACAGUCUUUGUCAGAGGCAGGAAGCUGGGGCAAAAGAGAAGGGCAAACCAGAAGCUAACUCUCCUGCUGGCCGUAACAGGAAAAACAAAAAGAGAAAUACAAAAACCACAAGACAUGCACCAGAAGACAGAAGCACCCAAGAGGCCAGUAGAGGGACUGCACAGAGAGCCACAAAGACAACAGGAAGUAGAACAGAGACAGACGUAACAAUUUCACACACAGAACCAGCAGUGGCGUCUGUGAUUGGUGAUGGAGGAGCUACAAAAACUCCCUGUUCUCCCGAGACGGAAAAGACCCCAUCACCCAUAAAGCCAGUGUUUGCACCAGCUCGUGAUGGGAAGUGUGCUAGCAGGAAGGCAGUUGCCUUGCCUACCACCACCGUCGUAGAAAAACAGGAAGGAGAGAAGUGGGAAGUUGACCUGCUCAUAUGUGAGCGAGUUGUAGAGACAGAAACUGUGACAGAGACAGAGCAGGGAGACACUGAAAGUCUCCCUGCAAAAGAAGCUAACUUUAACUUAGCUUUGGAAUCAGCUACAGAGAGGACAGUAACCAUGGGUCAGGAACAAUCACAGGAUCCCCAGGAAAGCCAAUCAGACCCAGAGGAGCCAAGCCAACCUGGCACCAUGAGCAAAAGUCCUCACCCUGGAAGGAGGACUAGCCCACAGUCCCCAGACACAGAAAGAAAAUCCAAGAAAGGGCUGUGGCGGGAUGGUGGUCGCAUUGGAAGCAGAAUGGGAUCACCCCCACGUGGACAAGAAACAGUAGCAAAAACAGUCUGGUAUCAGGAUAAAAAUAUGGACCAGAGUGUAAGUGAAGAUUGGAACAGAAAGGAACUGAACUCUCAGUCAGUUUGGUAUGACGGUGACACAAUGGAUCAGAGAAGACAUCUGCAGCAGGGAAUGAGAGAGCAGAAAGAAUGUGAUCUGAGCUCACCCCAAGCUUCUGGUCUUAGUUCUCCACAGCUGUUAGAACAGAGUCUUAGUUCUCAUCAACUGUCUGUGGCUCUUAGUCAGCCACAUGCUGCUGGAACACAGCCAGCACUGUCACAUGGGCCUGGUGCACAAAGACGGGAAGUACAAGGAUCACAGCGAGAAAAGGAAGUAGGGCCAGAUUGGAAGGAGGGAGGGCUGGAGGGAGACAGAGAGGAGGUCAAUAACAGAGAGACAACUUACAGCAAAAAGAGUUCAGAAACAGUGGGCAUCGAAGAGGGAGGAAAUGAGAAGCUAGGGAGUGAAGAGAAAGGAGCAAAUGGCAGAAAAAAGAGGAGGAAGAAGAGGGGGAAGAGAUGCGGGACAGAGGCCAAGCUUAACUCUGGCUCAAGUGUAGAGUCCCAGAGUCAUACAGAGAUACAGACACAAAGAGAAGAAGAAACAAACCUGAAUGUUCUGUCAGAGACAGAAUCAGAAGCCAAGGAUAAAACAGGAAGGGCAGAUGUCCAGUCUCCCGGUGCUUCUGAGCUAAUCCAGAGAGAGGAAGCUGACAAGGACGCCAUGAAUUUACCCAGCCAGACGGAGAGUCAGAGCAGGGACACUCAUGGAUUUGACUGUGUCGUUACAAACUUGGAUCCUAGUUAUACUACUCCGGACUUCAGUCCAACAGACGAUGAAAGAAAAGAUCUGACUGAAGUUACAGCUUCACAGACAUUAGAAAUAGAGGAGGACGCAAGCAUGAACUUUCAUGGGCCUGAUGACUUUAACCUACAUUCUACUGUCAUUGCUUCAGAACUUGGUGAAAUUGACAUCAGAAAGGCAGAUACAGAGGGAAUUACAACUGUGCAACUAAUAAUAAAGGAAGUACACCCUACAGAACUGGAAUUAAAGAAGCUUACCCAUCCAGUCCAACAAACAAUGCAUAAUGUAGAGUCAAAGGCAUUAUCAGAAAAUGAGGAUUUGGCAGUUGCUGGUGAAGUUGUAGCUUCCGGUGACCGGACAGGUUUAGUUGAAUUGAACUGUCCAAAAGAACUUCCUGUCAAACAUUCAGGUUCUACAGAAUUCACACAGGACUUGUUUCUCAUUGAAUUUCCUGAACAAAAUAUACAACAUGUACAAUAUGUGGACUUGGACAAACCAGUACAGCCUGUGGAUCCAAAGGGAAGACCUGAAGAACCUAUGGAAACUGUGCAUUCUACAGAAGCUGAGGGUCUUCCAUUUGAAGGUACUGCAGAUGUGUCACCACUUCAGAAAGGGGAAGGAAGGGCUGAGACAACUCAGAGGGAAUAUUUAGAGCAUUGUUCGGCCUCUGAGAUGCUGAGAGAUCAGCAGCACAAGGAGGAAAAGAAAAAUGAGUUGAGGGUGGGUGAAGAGGAAGUGGGUAAGGAAGGAAAUUGGAUGAGUGAAGAAAAUGACAGUAGGGUGACACAUGGCAAGACGUUAUCUUCCAUAGACAGUGAAAAAGAACAGAACUACAAUGAAGACUUGGUUGCCACAGCAGUAGCAGUUGUAGCAGUAGCAAUAGCUUCAGCAAUAAGCAUAGAAUUGAGACAUCAGUUAGCAGACAAUCAGUCUGACAGUCAAGAGUCUGCUAGUAGAGAAACAGCAUUUGAUCAACCAUUAGCACAGGAUGGCAAAGUACCAACUGAUACAUUAAACCAGCUGGCAGACAAUUUACUUAGCACUGUUCAAUCCACACAACUGUCUGCACAGCUGAUGGACGAGAAUUGUCAACUGUUAGCUGAGACAGAAAAUCAACAUAUAGGACAUUCACACAUUGGACCUACUGAUCAGUUCUCCUCCAGAGAACAAGUUUAUGUUGAAAUACUAUCAGAGGAGUGUAACACUGAGACAGAGAAGCUACCAGCAGCAUGGCCAAGUAGCAACCAGCAGGCUAACCUUGACCUGUCAGUACUUGCAGAUACGCGUAGUUUAACUCAACUCGACAAAGUCUUUACAUUAUGUUCACUACCUAAAAAAGACAGUCUACUGCAAGUUAAUAUGAAACCUUUGCCAGAUACAAAUGAAAUGAUUACAACCGUGGUAGGCAGCCAAGGUCAUGGGCAGACAAAAAUCCAGCUGCAAGAAGAAAGCCAACCCUCCUGUCCUGUUGUAGACACAGGACAGCAGCCAGAAGCUUCUGACACAUACUGUCUUGAUUCUGAGGAGAAUCCCAGACCAGCAGUCUGUAGAGACCCCCAAAAUCAGUCUUUUUGUCAGAAAGAGAGUGGGAUACAAGAGCAUGAGAAUGAUCCUCAGCUUGAUGGCCAGGUUAAAACACCACACAAAGAGGAGAGUCCUACUGUUCCAUUUUUUGGCGGGUCAACACUUCCUGUUACCCCCUGUGACUUGACUCCAAUAGCUCAUCCCAGGCCAAAAGAACCAACUGCCCCUGUGAAUGUGGAAACAGGCGAAUACCAGUUAUGCCUAGCCGACAUGAAACUUGUUCCUGCCAUCCCUCUCGAUGCUUGCACUGCCACAUUACAGGACAAAGGUCAGGAGUCUGUUGCUAUGGAUAAUGAGGAGGGUGUGUUUGAAGGGCUGGAUGAAGACUCAGGCACUCUGGAUACAGUGGAUAGAUGGAAGGAGAUGCAAAAGAACAAGAUAAAAAGUGAAGAGGAAGCAAGGAAAGAAAGAGACACAGUGGAGGACACAUCCCAGACAG